CUCCAGAUACAGCAGUUACGAUACUGGCAGGAGUUCCCGGGGGUCUGGGCGAUCUUAUGAUACAUCUUAUACCUCUUCCAGGGGGACUGAGCCUCUGUCCUCCGCUUCCAGGUCAAAGCUGAGGGCUGAUGGUUCCAGUGGCUCAUCCAGAAAAAUAAGUGAAAGUGUCACUGAAAGAAAUGGAUCUAGCAGAUUGCGACCAGACAGUUCUAUCAGGAAGAGCAGUGAAAGUGUCACAGAAAGAAACGGAUCCAGCAGAUAUUCAAGGCAAGGAUCUACAGACAGUAAAGAUUCAGACAAGGGGUCAGAUCGCUACAACUGGAGGUCAAGGAUAAAGGAAUAUUCCACAGAGCAAGAUGGUGGGACAGGGACUGGGACAAGAAAAAACAGGUCCACAGUGACCCCACCAAAAGAAACAUUAUCUUCAAGACUUCGAGCUGCCAGAAAUUCCAAGUCAUCUUCAAAAACUGAAGAAAGUGCUGGACCAGAGAAACAGUCCAGUUUUCUAAGUUCUCGACGACGGCAAGCUGAAUCGAGUAGAACGACAGGAAGCAGCAGUGCUGAUGUUUCCAAGAGUUCUCGGGUUUCUCCGCCUUCUUCUGGCACCAGUGAGAGCUUGGGAGCUCGUUCUACACGAGCAUCACGAGGAAUAUCGUCAAAUCAUGAGAAGUCAACAAAGACUCGUGUUGGAUCUUCGCAUUCUUCUGUUGACUCAACAAAUGAGGAUAGUAAAGAGAAGGUUUCCAGUACGUCAUCGUCACAGAGGUUGUCUUCACAGCGGAAUAAAUCUAGGCCAGUUUCAGAAGUUGCUGAACAGAAUGGACAGGUGACAUCACUGAAAGAUAAUGCCAAGACUCAAUCAAGAACAGCGACCACAACUAGACGUGACAGAAUUAGCGACAGAAAAUCUCAGGAGUCAGAUUCUUCCUCUGAUGUUGUAAAAAAUGAAAACACUGUCAUGACCAACUCUGAAAGCCGUACAGAGAGGAGGUCACGCUACAAAGACGAAGGUAAAAAGCCAGUUUCUGAGGACUCUGAUUCUAAACAAACAGCAGUAUCUUCAGUUAAACAUGGCAGCAGCAAACCUCAGGAAUCAAAUUCUUCAUCAGAUGUUUCAAAAAAUGAAAAGCCAACACUGACGGAAGCAGAAAAACCUACAUACUUUGACACAGAGAGUCGAGCAGAGCGAAUGUCUCGCUAUAAAGAAGAACGUAGAAAGCAGCUGGCAGCUGUGUCUACAAAGUAUGGACCAGAGACGACGUCUUCCAGUGAACCUGAGGCAGGUCUGCAACCUUCCUACCUGCGCUAUUCUAAACGUUGGAAAAAAGACAAAGAAAAAGAGGAAUCAAAAGAAGAAAAACCUGCAGAAAAGUCCACAGAUAAAAGCGAGAUCAUUGCCCAAGAAGACACACCUGAAGACAAGCCUGAUGAAAACCAGAAUGUCAAGGUUUCAGUGUCCAGCGAAACUGACAGUUUAAGUACCAAAAGUGAAAAGGCUAAGCGUACAGCAGACUCCUUAGUUGAAUCAAGAAAAGAAAUCAUAGGAAGACGCAGAGCAGACGACAAAUCAAAAUCUUUCAUCCUUGAAACCCAAAAUGAUGACUAUUCACACAAAAACCUUGACGAGGAAGAUAGAUUUGGAAAAGAGGAAACAAAAGUGGUGGGAAAACAAAAGAAAGAUUCUGUUUCAGAAGACAUCAUCCAAAAAUCUUCCAUUUCUGAUAAGACAUCUCCCUUGCCAAGCCCUUCUGAGGAGAAAGGACAGAUCUCUUCUUUCAGAAGUGGAUCUAUCGGGAGGAAGAAACCUGUGGACAGUGACGUGCCUUCUGCCUUGAAUUCCAACAAGAUGGCGCCAAGAGAGGAGCAAGUGAUGGAGGAAGUCUCCUUACCAUUCAAAAAGAGCACUGCCACAGACAUACCCAGUUCAUUUGACAAGACCUCUCCAGAGCAAGGUCCUGACAAAACCUCAAAGACAAGUUCUCUUGAGAGAAAAACAGAUAAGAGCAAACCCUGGAUGAGUUCUCUUGACAGACAGGCAGAUAAUGAGAGCAAGUCAUCUCAAAAUAAGAAAAGUGAUGCACCAGUUAGGAAGUUGUCAACGGAAAGAGAAACAGAGAAAGAUAGCGCCAAGUUUUGGUCUAUUGGAAGAGAAGCAAAAAAAGAAAACAUUGAUAUUUCUGGCAAUAAACAAGCUAUCACAAAGAGUGACAAAAAGUUGUCUGAGAGAAAUUCUUCUGUAGAAGGUAGUAGAGAAAGUUUGAAGACAAAAGACACAUCCGAAAAAAGCAAUACAUUUACUGACAAUAAGAACCUUAUUGAAACACACAUAACUCCUAGAGCUGAGAGUGCUAAAAAGCUACUUGAAAAGAGCAUCUCUGCAGAUGGCAGAGACAUUGUAAAAGAAAAAGACACUCAUAGCAUACCAGACACACAACAUUCUACACCUGACAAAAAAGCCAGUGAGAAAGAUGAGGUGGUUCCCAGUGCUACUUCACCCAUAGAUACUGGUAAAGAAAAGAAGACCAGGGAUGCAGAUGGCGUCCAUCGGCAUGUGAAGACCAGAAAGGACAAGAGUGAACAACGUAAAUCAGAAUUAAACAAGUCUGAAGACUCUGUUUCUGAUUUGAGUAGAAAAGGCAGUGAUGACAAUGAGGCCAAACCACGGAGAAGGGUAACGAGUCAGCAGGUGAGAGGCAGCAGAAAUAAGACGCAGCCAGUGACCACAGAGGAGCUGCAGCAGGCUGAGAGUAUCAAGGAAGAGAAUAAGGCUGAAUUGCCUAUCUAUUCAGACGCCCCACGCUCCUCUAGCUUCCAUCAUUUUUCCAAGUCAAUCGAGGAUGUGAUGAAAAGGCUUGAAAGCAAAACCCAAGCAGACGCCAACCAUGUUGGCCCUCACAAACCUCCUGCUGAAGUUCAACACAUGAUUAAAAGUCACAAGGUUGAGAAUACCAUUGGAAAAUUUGCCAGAGACAUAGGACGUCCAAGUCCAGAGAGGGACGCGGAGCGUGAGCCUUCACCGCCAAAGAAGAUCAACACAGGCCAGAAAGACAUCCAUGUCUCAGACUUGGUGAAAAGAUUCACAAGCACUGGGACCAGCUCUGAUGUGUCCAGUUCUGAUUCUGAACCAAAUGCCACAAAGGCUCCUCCCAAAAGACUAGUUUUACCACAGAGGUUUCGACCCCAAGAUUUCUCAAGCAGCAGCGACGAUCGCAGUUCUGCUGAGAGAGAACUUGAAAUCCCCAAACGUCCAACAAGAUCUGCAAGUUUUAGGGAGAGAAAAAAGGAAGCUAUGGGUGACCAAGAUGGUGAAAAUGCUCCAUUUCAAAGGUCUGCAAGCUUCAAGACCGGUCAUUUGCGAAGACAAUUUGCCACAGAACAGACAGACAAGCCUACUGCGGAAUUAGCAAAGAUCUUGAAAAACAGGAGUAAAGGCAUUGAAAAGCAUUCAGAAGAGGGGAAAAAGAAAGUGCUAGACUAUGAGAGGAAGCUUGAAGAAGCCAAAAGAAACAGUAAAGAUCUAGAGGAGUCUGAAGGCUCUGGUGCAGAACAGGUCAAAUCAGUGAUGAAGGCCAAAGAAUUGCUGGAAAGCAAAAUGACUGUUGGUCAGGAACCAGAGCUGCCAUCUUGUGUCUUUAUUCAACCAAAAGAAAAGAUGGAGCCACCAGUACCUGCACAGAGUAGCAAUGUCACAGCUGUUAAUGACAAUGACACUAAACCUGAAGAACAGAUAAGACCCUCUUCCAUUUUGAAACUGAGAAAUUCUUUUGAGGAAAAGACAGAGCAGCUUCAUCCAAUUCUUAAGCACAAGUCGUCUGAAAAUCAGGAAACGUCUGCCCCAGCCAGCAAUACCUCUGAACAGGAGCAACUCCCACAUUCCAUUCUCAAACAUGGCGUGAAAGAGGACAGCAAACCAGAUCCCCACUCCAUUCUCAAACUUCACAAGGAGGAAAAGCAACAAAUUUCAAAAGUCCAAUCAAUACUGAAAAGCAAGGAUUCUACCGAACAAGAUUUGGAAAUCCCAGAACCAAAACCAAUUCUGAAACGACGGGAAAGUGAUCCAAAGUCUGUUCUGUCCAGCUCAGAUGAACAGGGCGACAUCAAACAUCCUUCCAUAUUGAAAAACAAAGACCAUGGUGGGGAAGAAGAACCUGAGGUGAAACCAAUUUUAAAAUCUUCUCUGUUGAAAAAAGCCUCUUCCUUUGGAGAGACAGAUGCCGAGACUGAGUUUUUAUGUGCUCUACGUGUACGACGCGAGGAAGAACAAGCAAGUGAUACCCAGAAACCAACAGCUCCUGUUGAUGUAGCAGCAGACGUCGUCAAGGAAAUUGAAAGAGUUAGAAUGCUUGAGAGAAAGGAAAAACAAGGCUCAGAUUCAGAGGAAGAAGCUCCCAAAUCUGUCUUUGAAAUCCGUUCUCGACUAGAGUCUAAAAUUGAAGAAGCCAAUUCUGGGGUUCAAUCAAGAUCUCGAUCAGGAGGGGUGACGCCAAAUAGGCAUGGGUCCUUUAGAUCUUCUGGCUCCACCACCCCUCAGUUUGAGGCACAGUCUGGAAUCAAUAUGGAGGACAAGCUGAUGGAACGCCUGGCAGGGGUUGCAGAUGCUUCUAAUGCCGCAGCUGCAAGGAGGCGACGCUUUCAAAGGAGAAGUCACGACGACUGGAGAACACGCACACAACCUAUAACAGAAGAGGAAGUGAAGGAGGCAGACAGUCUGCCAACUGUUAUUGCCUUUCGAGCAGAAGUGACAAAGCAAGCCUCGUUAAAUGUGUUCCAACAACUGAAGAAGAAGGAAGAGGUCAAGCCAUGGGUAUCCCACGAGGCCACCUACAAACCAGGAGAUAAACUAGAAUAUCCUGAGCCUCUAUCCAAAACCUUGAAGAAGCAGAAAAAGAAAAAGACCAGCAGUGCUGAGAAGCGGCGUCAGGGAAGAUACAAAACCCUGCCCGUCACUGGAGAAGAGCUCAGUGCUAUACCAGAGUACGACGUACUGACUAAGACCACGCCUGCUGUGACUGUACCUGAGCUACAGCUUAGUGUAUUUAAAGGACCGUCCACGGUGUCUGCUGUUCUUCCCACAAGACCUUUGAGACAAGGCACCACUCCAGUUAAACAACAAGAAUCUGGGUAUCUUCUCUUCACCCGGAGUUGGGAUUCAUCGAGACUUGAUACCUCGGAAAUCUCUCCAAGGGGUGACAUCAGUGACAGCGAUGUGGGGAUAGGGNAUAUGCUGCCUAACAACUGUUGCAAUGGUUUACUUGGUCAUCUAGACUAUUAG